AUGGUCGAUUGGUCGUCCCCCGCGGAGAUAGCGUAUGACUCUACUGUGUACACUAGACUCAUGUUCGUUCUUUUUGGUGUAUAUAUAUGGGAGAUCGUCGUCACCUUCGGGUUUGAGUGGUCACUUAUUACCGGCAAGCGUCGAUUUACAUGGCCAUUGAGUGCGUCUGCUUACUCGAACGCGCCUACGCAUGCUGAUCACCUAUUUGCACCAGUCUUCUACUUCCUAUGUCGAUAUUGCUUGCUAGGAGCAUUGGUCGGCCUAAUUGUAUCGCUUACCGUUACCACGGUGGUCAACUGUCAAUCAUUAUACACAUUCAACUCAUGGGCAGGUAACAUGGCCAUCGUGUGCGCGUCGACGUGUCUAAUGCUGCGAACGAUCGCCAUUUGGGAGCGGAAGCUCAAAGUUGUCAUUCCCCUCUGCAUCUUCUCCCUUGCACACUGGGUGGUACUCUGGCGUGGGGCGUUCACUCUGACAGCCGUGUAUUCGACGCAAGAACAGGCGUGUGUCUUGACAUCGAACAAUCACGUUUAUCUGAACGUCGAGUUCCUCAUCACGAUGGCGUUCGAUUUCGUCACCCUUGUUUUCACAUUGGUCGCCCUCAUCCCCAAAAAGUCUCGGUCAGAUCUUUGGACGCUCUUGUUCAGGGACGGUCUGGUCUAUUUCAUCGUCGCAUUCUGCUUCAAUGCUCUUCCUGCGAUUUUGAACAUCCUGAAUCUGAAUGUCAUGAUGAACGUCAUCGCUGCCGUUCCUGCUGCCGUCAUCUCGGCCAUGGCUGCAUGUCGCGCCGUUGUCCGCUUGCACGAGUACAGGAGCGGAGGCGUUUAUGUUGACAGCUCGGCCAUGGGACAAGGCAGCUCGUCUAACGGUCCCGGUGCGCGCCGCCCCACGGUAGCGAGGCGGAGAUCGCUGGCAUUUGCGCGUCCAGAGGUUCUCGUGACAACGGAUCAGUUCGUGAUGCAGGACUUUGGCGCAGCAGGUGAUGGUACGAAAGCGAACAAGGUAGACUUGAAGCGUGAGGACAGCUUAGAGGACAAGUACGGCAACGGCGACCGGAAGGCCUAUGACGUUGCACAUGUGGUCUAA